GUCAGUCAGGUGUAGCUUCGAACAUUUAUCUGCUUUGAAACUUUCAGCCGAUAGGGAACUACCUCAGCGUUUACUUUUCUUUGAAGUUGUGAUAUGCCCCGACGCGAACUCGCAUAUUGUUUUCAGUACACAGUCCCAGUCGCUGCUUUGCCAAGAACUUGUACAAACAAUCUGCAUUGGGUCAGAAAAACAACAUCGAGAUGCCGAGGGAAUAUUAACUGGAGUGUGCUCAAUUAACAAACAAGACACUUAUGGAUACCACAGGUAAAUGCUGGCGCUGUCCGUGCUGUAUUAACAAUGGUAAUAGUGACGAGGAUAACCCAGUUGAUUACCAUGGCGACACCGUGAAUUUAAUCCAAGCUUCAAAUGAAUCAGUAACUCCACAAUGUAAAAGUGGAAAAUCUGUCCUGGGGGAUAUUAUGAAAGCAGCUCUCACUCUAUUCUACGUGACCUUAUUCUCAACAGCUGGAAUUGUUGCAUAUCAAACUAUCAGUGAUUUGAUGGAAUCUCGAAAACAUCCUGUUGCUUCCAUCCAAUAUAAUGAAACAGAUAUGUACCUGCCACCCGGGAUUGUGAUUUAUUCCACAGAUGUGAAUGCCAAGUUUCUAAGUUGUGGCAAAUAUUUUUAUGACCUGGUAGAUCCCCCAGAUAUAAACCCUAAUCACAAAAACUGUACUAAUGAAGAGGUUGUCUACCCAGACCCUUAUUUUCCAGAGAGGUAUCGUAAGGCUAUUGUUUUUAAAGGACCAAUGAAUGUACACGAUAAGGAAAUACUGUUUAUAAACUUUAGCCUAAAUCAAACUGCAAGGAAUUUCAGCGGAAUCGAGUAUUUACUGUUUCAAAAUUGGAAUACAUUCAGUAAUAGGGCAGAGCUACAACACAAGACGUUACAAGCUGCUAAGACACAAACCACUGUACCAUUUAAUUCUAUUAGCUCUGCGCGAGCUCCUGUGGAACGCCGGUCGAAGAACCGUUCAAACAAGGAAGGGUUUAUUAGACAGGUUGAUAUUGAUAACCCAACGUGGACAUUUUCUGGUGGAAUGCUAACAUGGAUACGAAUGUCGCUGAUGGAGACGUAUUAUUUAAAUGGAUCAUUUAACUCUGUUUUUGAUGUUUCGGAGUCUAUGGUAAAAUACAAUGACAUCCGACCUGAGGAGGAAAGAGUCAAUGAACUCUUUUUCGUGCUUUAUGAAUGGCGAGACAAAUACAUACAACAAAAUCAUAUAGUUAACACUAUGUCUGUGUGGAACACUGUUGGAGUUCUCUGUGGAGUUUUUUUAACCCUCUUCAAGGCAGGGGAGUUUGUUACAAAGGCUAUUCAGAGAAUGCUGAAAGCGAGACGCAAUAAAAAGUUACAAGAACAACAAAGAAAUAAUUCCAGGCGGCAAAUGAUUACAUGA